GAUGUUUCCGAACGCAGUCUUGGAGUAGAAAACAGAAUUGUUACUGUUCUUUGUUCUCUCUCAUUUUCGCGCUGUUUCUUGUAUUAUAAUAAUUGUUUUUCUUUAUGUACAUUUGUAAGAAUGUGUAUAUAAAAAAUACGAAAUAUAAUCAAUUUUGCUUGAAUAGAAAUAUUUAAUAUCAACUUUUUAAAAUGCAAGAUCCAAAUGAAGAUACCGAAUGGAAUGAUAUUCUUAGAAGGAAAGGUAUUAUACCUGAAAAGAAAAAAGAGCAAGAAGUUACUGAAGAUCAAAUAAUAAAUCUUUUGGAGAAUACUAUAGAUGAAAAAACAGGGCGUAUUUCUAACAAUUUAGAAGAAAAAACUUUGGACGAGUUAGAUGAACUAGAAGAUGAAGAAGAUGAACGGAUUCUGGAGGAAUAUCGACAAAAGAGGAUAGCAGAGAUGAAGGAAUUAGCAAACAAGUCCAAAUACGGAGAAGUACGAGAAAUAUCUGCAGAAGAUUAUAUUCAAGAAAUUAAUAAAGCUGGAGAGGACAUAUGGGUUAUUUUACAUCUUUAUAAAUCUGGCAUUCCACUCUGUGCUCUAGUCAAUCAAUACCUAGCCAGUUUAGCAAGAAAAUUUCCUACCACAAAGUUUUUGAAAAGCAUCUCUACCACAUGUAUUCCCAACUGGCCUGACAGCAAUCUCCCUACAAUAUUCAUUUAUCAUAAUGGAAAUAUGAUGAAACAAAUUAUUGGACCACUUGAAUUCCGUGGCAUGAAAUUGACUGAAGAAGAAUUAGAAUGGAUGUUGGGACAAGAAAAGGCAAUACCAACAAAGAUUACGGAGGAUCCCCGACCCAAGGUCAGGGAUGUCUUAUUCUCAACUUUGAAGAAUAAAAAUGAUGAUUUUGAGGAUGGUAACGAUUGGUAAUUUUAUAUUAUGAGAUUUGUGUGACACAAGUGAUUAUAUAUAUAAUAAGUUAUUGAUUUGAUAAGUAAAUUAUCAGAUUAACAUUUUAUUUAUUUUAUACAUUUACUGUAACAUAUAAAUGAAUUCAACAUUUAUAAAAAUACUAUUUUCAAAACUGUUAUACUACAUUUUUUUGGCCAUUUAUUAUAAUAAAAUAUUUAAUUACCAUGUUAUA